UUUCAUGUAUCUAUUUGCAUUGCAACUUCUUAGUCGAUAUUAAUAGAUAAAAGUGUAACGUUCCCACUUCCGGUUUGGACGCGAAGCAUAUAUUCGUUCAUUAAUAAUACGUAUUUGUAGUCAAUCUUUAGGCUCAUCUGUUUUGAAAUACAUAUAUUCUUUGAAGCUUGCAGUUAAUUCAAGUGCUUUUCAUUUCGUGACGGUACGGAAUUCUAUCAGUUUAACAGUAUGGACUCAAACGAUAGAGAGAAAAAUACUGUUAGAAAAUAUCUUGUUAACGAUGAGACAUUCAAUAAGAUAAACAAUAAAUUUGUAACUUUGGAAAAGGAGAAUGUAAAACAAACAAACGAACACUUAAACAAGAUAAUUAACAAGUUAAUAGAAAAGAUGAAAGAGCAAAACUCAUUGUUUAACAAAACAUUUCAAAAAAUUGCAUGGACUGGUAGUUUUUAUAAAAAGACGAAGGUUGGGCUUCCUGAUGAGUUUGAUUUAAAUUUAAUAAUCCAAUUACCCAUAAAAAAAGAUGAUAUGAAGCUUAGCACAGAUUUAAAUUUACCAGGUUAUAUUAAAAUACACACAAAAAUUUACGAAAACAAUAAUUUAAAUAUGGAUGCAAAAGCAUACAGUGAUAUGAUGGGUUUCAUUGAUCAAGAUCAAGAUCAAUACCUGGACCAAGAAAAAUUUCGUAGAUGGAUUGAAAGUAUCUUGAAUAAAGUGGCUUUUACCACCAAUGGAAAUAAUGACAUUAAAAUUGAUGAUUAUAUUAUAAAAGUAAGCAAAUCAGGCCCAGCAUUUACAUUAUCUUUCCAAGAUGUUCUUUCAUAUCCAAUCAAUGUCGACUUAGUUCCUGUCUUAGCAUUUAAAAGUCGUGAUUUUCCACGACAAUGUUCUAUAUAUCAGACGUUACAAGAUAGCGAUAAAGAUAUCUUCCUAGUUCCCAAACCGUUAAGCAAUAAAAAUAUUUUCUAUGCAAAUUCAAGACCAAGUCAUUACUGGCGAUUAAGUUUUUAUAUAUUUGAAAAAGAUAUGCUCUCUAAAUAUGGACGAGCUAAACCCAUAAUACGCCAGUUAAAGAAAUUCAGAGAAACUCAGAAUUGGAAAAGUAUUGCCAGCUAUUACAUUGAAACAUUAUGUUUCCACCAUUUAGAAAGAUUUGAAACCAGAGAAUCGAAUACUUCUUUGUUGUUUACGAUGUUAGAAAACCUUCAUGAAGCUUUCGAGAUCAGUUGUAUAAAACAUUAUUGGGACAAAAAUAUAAAUUUACUGGAAAAUAUCGAAAAAGAUGAAAUGAUGAAUAUGAAAGGUAGAUUAUAUAAUAUUAUAAGAAACAUCAGGAAGCAGAUAAUAGAGCAACCGGACAAUUUAAAUAUAAUAGCUGGAUAUGUUUUAAAUUCGGCUGAAUUGAAAGAAUUAAUACACCCAACAUAUGAAGCAAAAUCAAAUCUAGAACAAGAACCAGAAUCACAGCAAGAAACUGUGGGCUCAUGGAACUGCAUUAUUAUCUGACCAUGUAAGGAAGUAAUGUAAGGAAGUAAUCAGCGGUCUGAGUUACGCAACGGAGCAUCGCAAGACGAACAGCCUGAGCAGAAUGUACGUCUUCAAAACUUGAGUUGAACAUAUUCAUAAUAUACAGGGUGAGAAGUUAUAAGUUUACAACCCGAAGUGUGAAGGUAGAUUGAGUUAAGACAAACAUAAAAAUCCUAUACCGUUUUGCGAGAUUCGCAAUAAUUAUCGAGUUAUUAAUGACAGAAAUCUGAGGAAUGGGCGCGCGCCGGCAUAGAUGAUUGGAGAAGCGUUGCAGCUACUCAGGCCACAGCGCGGCCCACUCGACCCAGCAACUAUUGGCGGCGUGUGGCGAGACGUAGGUCCGGCGAGAUAAAACAACGAAUAGCGGCGCAUUGUCUUUCCCCUCGGCGUGCACCGGCAACAGUUAGCUAAGCAGGACCUUUAUGUUUGUCUUAACUCAAUCUACCUUCACACUUCGGGUUGUAAACUUAUAAUUCCCCACCCUGUAUAUUCAUAUAUUAUGAAUAUACUCAUAAAUACUAGCAAGUUUGAAAUUGAGAAGACUCUUUUUGCAUUCAACAUUUAAUCUCCUUCUAUAAUUAUUCUUUUUGAAUGGACGAUCCACGCUAUCUUGCGAUAUUUUUAUCUGAUUUGUCGGUGUUUUCUGAUUUUCCUGUCUUUUACAGUUUCGCACACUACUAUCAACAAUGUUAUGCUCUUCAUCAUGUUUAUUGUUAAGAACUUUAGUAAAUCUUUCUUCAUAAGGAAGCCUUUACAAAGAUGUGGCUACAUUUUGGUCUACUGUCUUUUUCUCCAUCAUCACAGAAUCUAAUACUGCAUAUAAAGAUUCAUCCAUCCAUCCUCAAACAAUUUAUCAAUUUCUCUCUCAUGUAUAUUUUACUUAGUAUUGUUUACUACUUCUCUAUUGCAGUAGUCCUUGAACAUCUUAAUUGUAUCGAUACAUAAAAUUGUGUCAUCAAGAAUCUUUGACAGAAGAAAACUAAACAUUACUUAAUGUAAAAAUAGAAAAAACAUAGUUAAUGCGUAUCGAUUACUUUAUUUAUACAUUUUAACUCUGAUAAAAGUACUGGAUAAUCAAAUUUAUCACCAUUAUGUGCUACAAAGUAAAUUGAUGGUCUAAGACGAUUCAGAAAGGCCAUUAUUAAUUCAUAAAUUUCAAAUUCAAAAAGGCUACAGUAGCUCCAUAUCAUCAUUAUAUAAUUUUGUGCGAACAGAUAAGCAUAUAAUAAAUCAAUUCUCUACCGCUAUUAUUUCAUGUACACAUAAGUAUAUACUUGUCAUAUAUUGUAUUCUUGUUGGUAUAAUUUUUUGUAGGUUAAUGGGAAAUAUUAAUUUAUGUAAGAUCCUUGGCAAGAAAUUAUGAUGUAUUGCCUCCCUGACAACGGCAUCUAAAGCCAUUUCUGUAAUUUUAGGUGCAACUGUUCCUU